GUAUUUACUUUGUACGGUUCUCAUCUUGUCCAUGUGAGCUUCAAAUCCAAUAUUCUAUUAUUCCGGAAGGAUCGUAAUCGUCACCUAGAAUUAACAACAGCAGCGUAAAGCACAGGAAAAAUGGUCUCAUUCAAGGCUGCUCUAUCCCUCGUCUUGCUCGCAGGCACGACGUCUGCCUUCACCGUCACUCCUCGUCACCAUGCCGCUGGGGCAACAAGCAGCAGUAGCCUCUGUAUGGGAUGGGGGCCGGAUCCAAUUUGGAGCGGGUCGGUGGUCGAAGACACCCAGAUCGGCAACCUUUCGAAGGAGUGUGUGGUGGUGAACCUUGAAGUCCCACCGGAAACCGCCCAGGAAUUCACUAUCCCCGGGCAGUAUGUCCAGCUUCGUCCCGACGAGGAGACGAAGCCGAUCUUUUUGGCCAUUGCGAGUCCUCCAGAGGCGGAAAACGCACGCUUCGAGUUCUUGAUCAAAAAGACGGACGACAACACGUGGUUGACCGAAGGCAGCGCCACAAACCUCGAAAUCUCUCAGGUCUUGGGCGGUGGAUUCCCCGUCAAGGAAGAGUUUGAUUCCCUCAAAUACGACUUCCCCUGCCAGAACGUCUUGCUCUUUGCGGCCGGAAGCGGGAUUUCUCCCAUUCGCUCGGCCAUCGAAUCCGGUGAACUCGAAACGACGGGCGCCCGUACGGCUCGUCUCUAUUAUGGUGCUCGAACUGAAGACGACCUGUGCUUUGUCGAUAGAUUCCCAUUGUGGGAAAAAAAUGGAGUGGAAGUGGUUCCCGUUCUGAGUCAGCCGUCUGAAAGCUGGCAGGGGCGCACCGGAUACGUCCAAAAUGCACUCGAAGAAGACGGUGUACCGGUUCCAAGAAACACUGGAGCCCUGAUGUGCGGCAUGAAGGGCAUGACGGAGGCCGUCACCGACAUCCUCACCAAGGCCGGAACCUUUGAAGGCAGAAUCUUGACCAACUUUUAAGGAAAUGAUUACGCAACGAACACAGAUCGACGAGAGUCGCUCAAGCUAGAUCGCAAUUGCAUUUACCGCGAAUGGAAUCCUCGCAAUCAAGGGGACAAGCAAAAACUAAUUGAUAGAAUACCGAGUGUGUUGUACAUUGCACGUUUGACUAUUUCUGUAAAAUAAUUUUGAGGUUUUGAG